AAAAAUAACUGACAUAAAAAAUCCAUAAUAACAAUAAAACAAUCGGUUCAUAUUUGUCCUCUUCCUCCUCCGGCACCGUCAUCUAAACGCAUCAGAAGAAGAACGGAGAUCAAAACAAACCAUUUGGCGGUGGUUGGUUUCUGACACACACAGUAAUCAAAUCAUGAAAGAAGAUCAAGAGCUAGAAAUGAAAAAGGAAGCUGCUGCUGACACGUUGUACAAUUAUUCAAAAUUUGUGAUGUUACGGGUUGGAAAUAGGACUCGACCAUGUGAUUUGAGGUUACAUUUGAUGAAGGAGAUUUCGGGUAUGCAAACUUCUCUACUUAAUAGAGAAGCACAACACACUGCAGCAUCUCCUGAGGCAAUGGGUGAGUCAUCAAGCUCAGGAACAGCAAGACUAGAUAAAGCGGACAGUUUUCGAGCACUAUAGUUGAUACCUGAUAGUGGAUGGGGACCUUGUUUUUUGUUUAGGGUUGUGGCAUAGUAUGCCGUCGCUGCUUGAUUGAAACAUGUAUGCAAUAUCUCACAGAUUGGUAUAAAGUAUAAUACUGCUGUUAUAUUCAUAUCAAGUUUGAUGUAGGAUGGCGUUGUUUGAUCCAAGUAGUCUACUUCACUUAAUAGGAUAAGGCUUGUAUUUAUUGAUGUUUGAUGUAGGAAUAUUGUUGUUCGCCUUUGGUUCAUAUCAGAUAGCAAUGCUUGAUUAAAUUCAGGUUGAAUUUGUUGAACUUUCAGUUUUUUGUCAAUUUUAUGAGAUUUUGCAUGAUCCAA